GCGCGCGGUUUAGAACGUUUUGGGAGCGAACUUUCCAUUCCGGGCGGGCGCUGAGGCUUCGGGCUCUCUCGCCCGCUCGGCCGCCCCGUGGCCUGAGACCAUGCCCGAGAAGGAGCUGACCGGAGCCGAGCCCGUCGGCAAGGGUCGAGUCGUCAGCUACCGGAGAGAGGCGCCGCUGCCCGCUGACCAGGCCCCGCUGAUCCCAACUCCGGUUCCAGUGAUCCGCCUCCCCCGGGGCCCGGACGGCACCAGCCGCGGUUUCAGCGCUGCCCGGGGCCGCGACAGGACCGGGUCCGCGGCGGAAGUGGCCGAGCAGGAGGCCCGGGCAGCGCUGCGCGAACGCUACCUGCGCAGCGUGCUGGCCAUGGUGGGGCGCCCCGUGCACUUCACCCUGCACGAGCGCGUCCACGUGGACGCCCACUUCGGGGCCACCGACCUCGAUGUGGCCAACUUCCACGUGUCCCAGCUGCAGACGCCCCUCGGGGUGCAGGGCGAGGCUCUGCUGCGCUGCGCCGACAUCAUCUCCUACUCCUUCCAGCUGUGAGCCCCUCCUUCGGCAGGCCCCUUUGGAGGGUGCACAGACCAAGGAGAGAGGCGCCCAGGCUGAGCUGGUGCGAGAAGGAGACCUCGACCCGACUGAGCCUUACGCAGAAUGAGCUGGGAGCCAUCUCCUUUUUCGGCCACAACUCCCCGGAGUCCUGGGCCCCGCUGAGGGUCAUUUGGGGAGGGGCGCGUCAAUAAAACUUUCCCUAGCCACUA